GGUGUUUGUGGAGGUGAGUGGUCAGCAGCCAGAGAGACCUCACAAAGAUCCAGCAGCAAGGUGGAUGAGGAGGGACUGGAGCUUGCAGUGUGUAGGCAUGGAGUGCUGCUCAGUGCUCUAAAUAUGUACAGGGGUGACAUUUUUGCUUAUCCCUUGUACCUGCAACAAAAGCUGGCCAAUAGACAUAUCACUUUUUUUGUAUGGAUGUUACCUGCAAGUAUUGGCCAUAUCUUGAAAGAGUAACAAAAAGCUGUCCAGAGCUCCAGCACCUUAUUAGCAUGAAGCCAUUUCUUUCAGUCUUUCAUGCUAAAGCCCACGAUUUCAAAUGUGAGGUGAAAUGGAGUGGAGCAUAUCAAGAUGGGGCUGGUUUGACUCUAGGGGAGGAGGUGGAGCAGUGUAAUGCCUUUUUGUCAAGGAUUGCAGUUACCACAAAACAUAUGUCCAAAGCAGGACGGAGGGACAUGCUAACUCUUAUGGCCAUGCGCUGGAAUCAACAAAAGCUAGACCAGUUGGCCGCCUCUCUGACCCAUCGAUAUCAGAAGGCCACAAAAGCUCUUCUAACCCAGCUUCAGAACCUGGAGUCCUUAAAAGUCCAAUUAGCAGUGACUGACAGUCAACUGGAUGAAUGGGUCAGUGAUGUAAAGGAUUGGGCAGAAGACUCUGUCAGCCUUACAACAAAGAGAAGGGCAUUCGAUAUCAUCAUGGCAAUAAGAAGACUCGAGGAGGAAAAGAAGAUUGUUGUUAGAGAGAUGGACCAUCACUGGAAAUCUCUUUCAAAAUAUGAUGAUACCCUGAAAGAGCUGUCCGGCCUGUUUUCCAGUGAGAUAUUUAAAACCCGCAUCGCACAACCGGUGGUUGGCCCCGCCGGUUCCGUGGCGCCGCUGGAGACCUCGCAUGCGGACACGGUGUUUGCUGUCUAUCCCACUCCGACAAGCUGA